CGUCAAUAGACGAGUGGACAAACGAAUCGCUGUGCACCAAAACCACACAAAUAUCCAAGAGGAAAAAGAGAGGGGAACCUAGAUCCAUGGCGGCUGUAAUGAACUCCGUGAUGGAGAAGCUGGCUGAUUUAAUGGGAGAGGAGUAUGAGAAGCACAAGACCAUGCGGAGGGACAUGGCGUUCCUUAGGGACGAGCUCCGCAGCAUGGAUGCUGUCCUCAAGAAGCUUGCCGAAGCGGAGGAGGAGCUCGAUCUGCCGACCGUGGAGUGGAGGAAUCAAGUGAUGGAUAUGGCGUUUGAUAUCGAGGAUUCCAUCGACGGUUUCAUUCAUCAAGUUGGUGACGAUGCCAACACUGGUGAUGCUGGCUUCAUCGCUAAGAUUCGCCACUAUGUGAGUGAAUUGAGAGCGCGUCACCAUUUUACCAACCAAAUCCAAGAGCUCAAGACUCGGGUGAUCCAAGUGAGCGAACGCCGCAAAAGGUAUAAGACUGAUGAAGGCUCCUCAAGAUCCAGAUGCGUAGCUGUUGACCCUCGGGUGACUGCGCUAUAUACGGAUGCAGGCAACCUUGUUGGCAUUGAUGGUCCAACGGAUGAGCUUAUCAGCUUGUUGGAAGAGAGGGGGUGUGCAUCACUGCAGUGUCUGAGAGUGGUAUCCAUUGUUGGAUUUGGAGGUCUUGGCAAAACAACAGUUGCAAAUGAAGUGUACCGUAAGCUUGGGGGGCAAUACAACUUCAAGGCUUUCGUAUCAGUGUCUCAAAGACCCGAUCUGUUGAAGCUUCUUAAUAGGAUCAUCUCUAAGGUUGGGAUGCCACAACUGAAUCAUACCAUUGAAGUGGAAGAUCUCAUUGAAAACGUCAGAGAGUAUCUAAAAGACAAAAGAUACUUUCUUGUGAUUGAUGAUAUAUGGGAUGCAUCAGUAUGGGAAAUUCUUCGUUGUGCCUUUCCAGAUAAUCAAAGAGGGAGCAAAGUGAUCACAACUACACGAAUUGAGACAGUGGCUAAGGCAUGUUGCGCGUAUCGACGUGAGUUCAUUUACAGGAUGAAACAUCUUGAUGAUCAGAACUCAACAAAAUUAUUUUUUAGUAGAGUGGGAUAUGCUUGUGCUCAGCCACUGAUAGAGAUCGCUGAUGAAAUUUUACAAAAAUGCGGUGGUCUCCCACUAGCCAUUAUAAGCAUUGCCAGCCUUUUGGCUAGCCAGCCAGCCAGAUCAAGGGAGCAAUGGAAGUUUGUGUGCAGUUCCCUAAGCUCAAAUUUGAGAACAAAUCCAACUUUAGAGGGAAUGAGACAGGUACUAAAACUUAGCUACAACAAUCUUCCACCCCAUCUUAAGACAUGCUUAUUAUAUAUUGGUAUGUAUCCAGAAGAUCACUCUAUUGAAAAGGAGGAUCUGGUGAGGCUAUGGGUUGCUGAAGGUUUUGUCGGUAAAUUACAUGAUCAAGAUGCAGAGGAAGCUGCUGGAAGUUACUUCAACGAACUCGUCAACAGGAGCAUGAUCCAACCUACAUACACCAACUACAACGGUGAGGUGUUGAGAUGUAAAGUUCACGACAUGAUUCUUGAUCUAAUCAGACAGAAGUCAGAGGAAGAGAACUUUUUGAGGGUGAUAGACAAUAUACAUGACAUAGCCACAUCAUUGCAGAGCAGGGUGCGUCGGCUUUCCCUUCACUUCGGUUUUGGAGCAAGUCAAGGCCCAACAGCUGCAGCAAGCUUAAGCAUGUCACAUAUACGAUCAUUUGCUCUGUUUGGCAACACUUGUUUCAUGCCUCCUAUUUCUGAAUUCAAGUACAUCCGAGUCCUGAAUCUGAAAGACUGGCGUAGUGAUGGGGAUGAUAGUAUUGAUCUUACGCCAAUCUGCAAAUUAUUUGAGCUUAGGUAUUUGAAUGUUAGUAGGGAAGCACGGCUGCCAGCCAGAAUUAGGAGCCUGAAACGUUUGGAGACACUGGACCUGGAUAAGCUUGAUGGUGAUGUGCCGUCGGAUAUUGUUGAAUUGCCUUGCUUGUUGCAUCUGCUCGUUCCUUAUGGUAAAAGGCUGCCUGAUGGAAUUUGUGCAAUGAAGUCCCUACGUACUCUACGGUCCUUUGAUGUGGGCGUGAACUCUGUGGACAAUUUUAAGGGACUUGGUGAACUAAUGAAUGUUAAGGAUCUUUGGAUUACGUGCACUGGUACCGUCCCUCAGCAAGGAAUCAAGGAUGUCUUAUGGUCUUCUAUUGGCAAACUUAUCAGUUGCAAACUAAGGGCUCUAACUUUUCCUCACUUUGGUCCCGUUAAUCUGCCUCCUCCUGUGGCUGAAUCAGAUUGUUUGACCAUUUCUCUAACCGAGAGCAAUCUUGAGAUACUUGCUGUUUCUUCGACUAUGUUUCCCCAGGUUCCAAGCUGGAUUGGUCAACACCAUAAGCUCUCAGAGUUGUCACUGACAGUUAACGUGCUGACGCAGGAUGAUGUUGAUUUACUUGCUCAGUUACUUAAUCUUUACCACCUAGAAUUGAACAUUCGAAAAUCCCUGAAAGAAAGAAUCCUCAUCCACAGUGGCGCUGUGGCAUUCCCAGUUCUCAAAUAUUUCACACUCUCUUGCUUCGCACCGUGGCUCAUCUUUGAUACUGGGGCGAUGCCCAAUCUUCAAACGCUCAGACUGAACCACCAUGGGCGCGGACUGAAGCGUUAUGGCCGCUUCAUACUUGAAGGCAUCGCACACCUGUUGAACCUCAAGGAAGUCCAUGUUGUGAUCUUCAAUGGUUACAGUAAUGGCAAAGCAAGGCCAGGUACAACGGUUGCCGAUGCUGAGGCUACUUAUAGGAAUGCCAUCAACGAGCACCCAGGGCAGCAUAGCAUCAAGGUAGAGGUUACCCUUUUCUGUUUAGUAUUGACACCCCCUGCUUUCAUAUAUGAUUCUGACGAAGGCGAGGUUGUGGAGGAGAGUCAAUAAUUGAGUUGAUCCAGUUGUCAGGCAGGUGUGCUUCAUCGAUCCACCAGUACUGCUGAAGGUGUAGGAGUUCGUGUAAUGAUACUCUAAGGGAGGCACGUAUUAGGCUACAGCCGUACGUGUUGAAAGCUUCAGCAAGUUAAGGCAACUUGAGGUGAAGCAGAUAAAAGGAAUGAAAUGGGGCAUAAAUUGAACUAUGUGUUUGCAGUAUUUUAACAAAUUUCUGACCCCAUCUUGUUGAGUAAUUAUUUUUUUGUUCAUAUUGUAUCUUUAAGAAUUUUCA